AUGGAUACCCAAUUACGUGAGCAAUUAGAAGCUUUAAGUGCAGACGACAAAGCCGCGGUGUUACAAUUAUUGAGUCCCGAGUCGGCAAGAGGUGCCGCUGCUUCUGCUACGGCUGGGACGAGUCGGGGAGACGCACCCCAACGUUCAUUAUUUACAUCGCAUUUCGGAGGUUAUUCCCGCAAGUUGAGACUUUUUUCUGGUAAAACUCCAGUGCCGCAUGGAGAAGUAGAUUUUGAAACGUGGAAAUUUCAAGUAGAGCCACUCUUGGCAGAUAUUCGAGGGGAAACGGAUAAUGUGGAAGCUACGCGUAUAAUUAGACAAAGUUUGUUAAGACCUGCAUUAGACACGGUAAGAGAAGCCUUUACUGCAGUGCAGAUAGUCGAAGUUUUAGAGUCGGUUUAUGGCAUUGUUGUCGACGGUAAAGAACUUCUCGUGCAAUUUUUUGUCAAUUAUCAGAAAGAAAAAGAAACUCCAUCUCAGUACCUGCAGAGGUUGUACCUGCAGGCAAUGCAAGUGGUAGAGAGAGGAGGCAUGGGUGUUAGAGAGGUACCAGAGAAUCUUUUGAGACAAUUCAUUCGAGGUUGCUUUGAUGAUGAAAUGAUUAAUAAACUUGGGUUGGAAAAAAUCGAUAACCCUCCUAGUUUUGCUGAAUUACUUUUGUUAGUUAGAAAGGAAGAAGCGAGACGCACAGAGAAAAAGCUACGAUUGGCACGGAAGAAAGAGGGAAGGGUGAGUUCCAUGUCUGUUCCAGAUGAGAUGACUAGCAGCGAGCUUGAAGAUAAAAAGAAGAUUGCUGAGUUACAGGCUCGAGUGGAAAAGUUGGAGGCCAAGGAACAAUGUAAGUCAACGACAGCUGCUAAACCAGACAAAUCUGCAAACAAGCCCGUGAAACCCAAGUAUGAGAAAAGGAGAAUGGGUUCGAAUUCUAGAAGGAAGAUUUUCUGCUAUAAAUGUGGUGAGGAUGGUCAUUUGGUUGAUGCUUGUAAGAAGACAUCUAACGCGGAGUUGGUGCAAGAGAAAUUACUUCAGAGAACUUUAAACAAGUAA